AUGUCCAGCAAACCUGAGAAGAAGCGGAAAUUGGGCGCCCGGCAAGGCACCCGGGGAGGCAAGGCUGGGCGAGCUGCUCAGGCUGCUCAGGCCAAGGUGGUGCCACCGACUCCUGUGGAGAGCAUCCUCCCGCCCACGGAGCAGGAGCCGGAACCAGAGCCUGUCAAGGAGCAGCCCGAAUUAUUACCCAAGAAAGUUGAAGAACCAAAACAAGAAGAGGCUAUUGAAGGGGAUGUGAAGCCCCUUUUCAUCUCUCGAGCUGCACUGACAGGACUGGCGGAUGCCACAUGGACAGAAGAGCAUGAUGCCAUUCUGGAGCGCUUUGCCCAGGACCCUUCUGAACCCAUGCUCACCAUCUAUAUCGACCCUUACUUGGGGCUGAAGUUAGAUAUGGGCAUGCCUGUACAGACCCAGAACCAGAUUGCCUACUUCAUUCGCCAUGCCCCAGUCCCCAUCACGCAGGAGAACUUCCAGACCACUGUACAGUUUGGGACGGUGCGAGGGGCCUACAUCCCUGCCCUACUUCGCCUGCUCAGUGGCGUCUUUGCGCCUCAGAUCUUUUCAAAUACCGCUUGGCCUGAGAGCAUUCGAAACCACUUUGCUGCCCAUCUGGACCGGUUCUUGGCAUGUCUGACAGAUACGCGGUACAAACUGGAAGGCCACACGGUUCUCUACAUCCCCUCGGAAGCCGUGAAUAUGAAACCGGAGGUGGUGGUGAAGGACAAGGAGCUGGUGCAGCGGCUAGAGACCUCCAUGAUCCACUGGACCCGGCAGAUAAAGGAGGUGCUCAGUGCCCAGGAGACGGUGGAGACGGGAGAAAGCUUGGGUCCUCUGGAGGAGAUUGAGUUCUGGCGCAACCGAUGUAUGGACCUGUCUGGCAUCAGUAAGCAGCUGGUGAAGCAAGGAGUGAAACACAUUGAGAACAUUCUGCACCUUGCCAAGUCGUCCUACUUGACACCUUUCAUGAAGUUGGCUCAGCAAAUCCAGGAUGGCUCUCGUCAAGCACAGUCCAAUCUGACCUUUUUGUCAAUCCUGAAGGAACCUUACCAGGAAUUGGCUUUCAUGCGGCCUAAGGACAUCUCCAGUAAGCUCCCUAAAUUGAUCAGUCUCAUCCGCAUCAUCUGGGUCAACUCUCCCCAUUACAACACUCGGGAGAGACUGACCUCCCUCUUCCGCAAGGUAUGUGAAUGUCAGUACCACUUUGCCCGAUGGGAGGAUGGCAAGCAAGGCCCCCUCCCUUGCUUCUUCGGUGCCCAGGGGCCACAGAUAACACGGAACUUGCUGGAGAUCGAGGACAUCUUUCACAGAAAUCUGCACAUGCUUCGAGCAGUUCGAGGGGGCAUCCUGGAUGUCAAGAACACGUCUUGGCACGAAGAUUACAACAAAUUCCGCUCUGGGAUCAAGGACCUGGAGGUGAUGACCCAGAAUUUGAUCACCUCAGCCUUCGAGCUCGUGCGAGAUGUGGAGCACGGACUGCUGCUGUUGGACACUUUCCACAGGCUGGCAGCCCGGGAGGCUAUAAAUCGAACAUAUGACAAGAAGGCGGUGGACCUCUACAUGCUGUUCAACAGUGAACUGGCUCUUGUGAACCGCGAGGUAAACAAGAAAUGGCCCUUCCUGGAGUCCUAUAUGGCCCAGUAUUCGGGGCAAGCAUACUGGCUACGGAUCCUUCGCCGUCGCCUCGAUAGAGUCAUGAAUUGUCUCUCUAGUGCUCACUUCCUGCCCCAUAUUGGCACCGGAGAGGAGAGUGUACACACCUAUCAGCAGCUGGUUCAGGCCAUUGAUGAACUGGUUCGAAAAACCUUCCAAGACUGGACAUCGACGCUGGACAAGGACAGCAUUCACCGACUGGACACUCCACUGUUACGCAUCAGCCAGGAGAAGCCCGGCAUGCUGGAUGUCAACUUUGACAAAUCCCUGCUGAUUCUCUUUGUGGAGAUCGACUACUGGGAGCGGCUGCUAUUUGAGAUACCCCAUUAUGUGGUGAACGUGGCUGAACGGGCCGAGGACCUGCGCAUCCUACGUGAAAACCUGCUCCUGGUUGCUCGAGACUACAAUAGGNNUAUUGCCAUGCUGUCCCCAGAUGAGCAGGCCCUCUUCAAAGAGCGCAUCCGGUUCUUGGAUAAAAAGAUCCACCCUGGGCUUAAGAAGCUGCACUGGGCCUUGAAGGGGGCCAGUGCCUUCUUCAUCACAGAGUGCCGCAUCCAUGCCAGCAAGGUGCAGACGAUCGUGAAUGAGUUCAAGGCGUCCACUCUGACCAUUGGCUGGCGCGCUCAAGCAAUGUCAGAGACCCUGCUGGUACGAAUUAGCGGCAAGCGGGUCUACCAGGACCUGGAAUUUGAGGAGGAUCAAAUGGAGCAUCGAGCAACUGUGCAGCAGAAAUUGAUGAGUCUGUACCAGGAUGUGAUUGGCAUCAUGACCAACUCUUAUGAGGUCUUCAAGAAUGAUGGUCCUGAGAUUCAGCAGCAGUGGAUGCUGUACACCGUCCGGUUGGAUCACAUGAUAGAGGAUGCCCUGCGCCUGAACGUGAAGUGGUCACUGUUGGAGCUGUCCAAGGCCAUCAACGGAGAUGGGAAAACAACCCCAAAUCCGCUCUUCCGAGUCCUCGUCAUUUUACAGAACGACCUGCGGGGAGGGGUGGCCCAGGUGGAAUUCUCACCCACUCUGAAGACUUUGGCGGGUAUAGUCAAUGAUAUUGGCAGCCAUCUAAUCUCCACCAUCUCUGUCUUCCGGCACCUCCCUGAAAUUCUCAUCAAGCGCAAAUAUAAUCGUGAUCCCAUCCAUAUGCUUGUGGAGCGAGAUGAGGACAUCCGGAAAAUCCAGGCUCAGAUCAGCGGUGGUAUGACUGCCAAUGCAGGCCUGCUGCAGAAUUACCUCAAGACCUGGGAUAUGUACCGGGAGAUCUGGGAGAUCAACAAGGACUCUUUCAUUCGUCGCUACCAGCGCCUCAAUCCUCCCGUCUCUUCUUUUGAUGCCGACAUUGCCCGCUACACGGAGGUUGCCAAUAAUGUGCAGAAGGAGGAGACUGUCCUCAACAUCCAGUUUGUGCUGCUGGACUGCACGCACCUCAAAUUCUCACUGGUGCAACACUGCAACGAGUGGCAGAACAAGUUCACGACGCUGCUCAGGGAGAUGGCGGCUGGGCGCCUGCUGGAGCUGCACACCUAUCUGAAGGAGAACGCAGAGAAUAUCAGCCAUCCACCCCAGACGCUGGAGGAACUGGGGAUCAGUUUGCAGCUCAUGGACACUCUGCAACAUGACCUGCCCAAUCUGGAGGCCCAGAUCCCCCCCAUUCACGAACAAUUCACCAUCCUGGAAAAGUAUGAGGUCCCAGUUCAAGAAAGCCCCUUCACGAAUUGGAAGAAGCUCCAAAGGUAUGGGUUCUGGGAAGGUCCCUUUACUAGCCAAGUUGGGCACAUGUCUGCCCUCGAACAGAUCACACAAGUGCGGGCCAUGCUGACGACCAUGCGGGAUGAAGAAAGCUCCCUCCGAAACAACUUGGGCAUCUUCAAGAUUGAGCAGCCGACCUCCAAGGACCUCCAGAAUUUGGAGAAGGAGCUCGAUGCUCUCCAGCAAGUCUGGGAGAUCACACGGGACUGGGAGGAGAACUGGAACCAGUGGAAGAUGGGCCGGUUCCUGACCCUGCAGACAGAGGCCAUGGAGACCAUGGCCCAUGGGCUAUUCCGCCGGCUCACAAGACUCGCUAAAGAGUACAAGGACCGGAACUGGGAAAUUAUUGAGACCACGAGAUCGAAGAUCGAGCAGUUUAAGAGGACGAUGCCCCUCAUAGCAGACCUACGGAAUCCCGCCCUCCGAGACAGGCACUGGGAUCAGGUCAGGGAUGAGAUCCAGCGGGAGUUUGAUCAGGAAUCUGAAAGCUUCACCUUAGAGAAGAUCGUGGAGCUUGGGAUGGAUCAGCAUGUGGAGAAGAUUGGAGAGAUCUCUGCUGCAGCAACCAAAGAGUUGGCUAUAGAACUGGCAUUAGAGAACAUUGCCAAGACCUGGAAUGCUAUCCAACUAGACAUUGUGCCCUACAAGGACAAGGGCCAUCACCGACUCAGAGGUACUGAGGAAUUGUUCCAGGCACUGGAGGAUAAUCAAGUGUCUCUGUCCACCAUGAAGGCGUCUCGUUUUGUCAAGGCCUUUGAGAAGGAUGUGGAUCACUGGGAACGCUGCCUCUCCCUUAUUUUGGAAGUCAUUGAGAUGGUGCUUACAGUGCAGCGUCAGUGGAUGUACCUGGAGAAUAUCUUCAUGGGAGAGGACAUCCGCAAGCAGCUGCCAAAUGAAUCAGCCUUGUUUGAUGAGGUCAAUGCCACCUGGAAGUCGAUUAUGGACCGGAUGAGCAAGGACAACAAUGCUCUCCGGAGUACCCACCAUCCAGGCCUCCUGGAAAGAUUGAUAGAAAUGAACACAAUCUUGGAAGAUAUGCAGAAGUCUCUGGACAUGUUUUUGGAGACCAAGCGCCAUAUUUUCCCUCGCUUUUAUUUCUUGUCCAAUGACGACCUCUUGGAGAUCUUGGGCCAGUCUCGUAACCCAGAAGCGGUGCAGCCGCACCUCAAGAAGUGUUUUGACAACAUCAAAUUGCUCAGGAUUCAGAAGGUUGGGGGGCCCAGCAGCAAAUGGGAAGCUGUAGGAAUGUUCUCUGGUGAUGGCGAGUAUAUUGAUUUCCUCCACUCAGUAAUUUUGGAAGGGCCUGUGGAGGCCUGGCUUGGUGAAGUGGAAAAGAGCAUGCGUGUGACCCUGCGAGACCUUCUCCGGAACUGCCGUCUGGCCCUGAAGAAGUUCCUCAACAAGAGAGACAAAUGGGUGAAGGACUGGGCUGGACAGGUGUUGAUCACAGCCAGUCAGAUUCAGUGGACAGCUGAUGUCACCAAAUGCCUGCAGACAGCUAAGGAGCGGGGAGACAAGAAAAUUCUCAAGGUCAUGAAGAAGAAGCAGGUGUCGAUACUAAAUAAAUAUUCAGAAGCUAUCAGGGGAAACUUGGCCAAGAUUAUGCGGCUUAAAGUUGUGGCUCUGGUGACCAUAGAGAUCCAUGCCCGGGAUGUGUUGGAGAAGCUUUAUAAGAGUGGUCUCAUGGACGUCAGCUCCUUUGACUGGCUCAGCCAACUUCGGUUCUACUGGGAGAAGGAGCUCGAUGACUGUGUGAUCCGCCAGACCAACACACAAUUCCAGUACGGCUAUGAGUACUUGGGUAACUCCGGCCGGCUUGUCAUCACCCCUCUGACGGACAGAUGCUACAUGACGCUGACCACGGCAUUACACCUGCACCGAGGGGGCUCCCCCAAGGGCCCCGCAGGCACGGGGAAGACGGAGACCGUGAAGGACCUGGGCAAGGCUCUCGCCUUGUAUGUCAUUGUGGUGAACUGUUCAGAGGGCCUGGACUACAAGUCAAUGGGCCGAAUGUACUCGGGCCUGGCCCAGACUGGAGCCUGGGGCUGCUUCGACGAGUUUAACCGCAUCAAUAUUGAGGUCCUGUCAGUGGUGGCCCAGCAGAUCCUGUCUAUCCUCUCAGCCUUGGCUGCCGGUCUAACUCGUUUCCAUUUUGAGGGUUUUGAGAUCAGUCUGGUGUGGUCCUGUGGGAUCUUCAUUACCAUGAAUCCUGGCUAUGCUGGUCGCACAGAGCUUCCUGAAAAUCUUAAAUCCAUGUUCCGUCCAAUUGCCAUGGUGGUGCCUGAUUCUACACUUAUUGCUGAAAUCAUUCUCUUUGGGGAGGGCUUUGGCAACUGUAAGAUCCUGGCCAAGAAGGUGUACACGCUUUACUCACUGGCCAUGCAGCAGCUCUCCAGACAGGACCAUUAUGACUUUGGGCUUCGUGCCCUCACCUCCCUUCUGCGCUAUGCUGGCAAGAAGCGCCGCCUGCAGCCCGAUUUGACUGAUGAGGAGGUUUUGCUGCUUUCAAUGAGAGAUAUGAAUAUUGCCAAGCUGACUUCAGUUGACGUCCCACUGUUCAAUGCCAUUGUGCAAGAUCUCUUCCCCGGCAUUGAACUGCCGGUCAUUGACUAUGGAAAGCUUCUGGAAACCAUCGAGCAGGAGGUCCGAGGGUUAGGCCUGCAGCCCACAACAUUCACCCUCACCAAAGCGAUUCAGCUCUAUGAAACCAAGAACUCCCGGCACUCCACGAUGAUUGUGGGCUGCACCGGCAGCGGCAAGACGGCCUCGUGGCGGAUUCUGCAGUUGACCCUGUCCUCCCUAAGCCGUGCUGGAGACCCCAACUUCAACAUUGUUAGGGAGUUCCCAUUGAACCCCAAGGCCUUGUCCCUGGGCGAGCUGUAUGGGGAGUACGAUCUCAACACGAAUGAGUGGACAGACGGCGUCCUGUCCAGUGUCAUGCGGAUAGCAUGUGCAGAUGAGAAACCUGAUGAGAAGUGGAUCCUUUUUGAUGGCCCUGUGGACACCCUGUGGAUUGAGAGCAUGAACUCGGUUAUGGACGAUAACAAAGUGUUGACCCUCAUCAACGGAGAGCGGAUUUCCAUGCCUGAGCAGGUGUCACUCCUGUUUGAAGUGGAGAACUUGUCAGUGGCCUCUCCGGCCACCGUAUCACGCUGUGGGAUGGUCUAUACCGACUAUAUCGACCUGGGCUGGAAGCCCUAUGUUCAGUCGUGGCUGGAGAAGAGGCCUAAGGGAGAAGUGGAGCCCCUUCAACGCAUGUUUGAGAAGUUCAUCAACAAGAUGCUGACCUUUAAGAGAGAGAACUGCAACGAGCUGGUGCAGCUGCCUGAAUACAGUGGCAUCAUCUCCCUCUGCAAGCUGUACUCGGCCCUGGCCACUCCGGAGAAUGGAUUGAACCCAAGUGAUGGAGAAAACUAUGUCAGCAUGGUGGAGAUGACAUUUGUGUUCAGCAUGAUCUGGUCUGUGUGUGCCUCUGUGGAUGAGGAAGGCCGCAAGAAGAUUGACAGUUACCUCCGAGAAAUUGAGGGCUCCUUUCCCAAUAAGGAUACCGUGUACGAGUAUUUUGUGGACCCCAAGAUACGGAGUUGGACAUCUUUUGAGGAAAAACUUCCCAAGAGUUGGCGCUACCCUCCAAAUGCCCCCUUCUAUAAGAUCAUGGUGCCCACCGUUGACACUGUCCGCUACAACUACCUGGUGAGCGCCUUGGUGUCCAGCCAGAAUCCUAUCCUGCUGGUGGGUCCCGUGGGGACUGGAAAGACGUCCAUUGCCCAGAGCGUUCUGCAGUCUUUGCCCUCCAGCCAGUGGUCAGUGCUCACUGUCAACAUGUCUGCUCAGACUACGUCCAACAACGUGCAGAGCAUCAUCGAGAGUAGGGUGGAAAAGCGAACCAAGGGUGUCUACGUGCCCGUUGGGGGCAAAAGCAUGAUCACCUUCAUGGAUGACCUGAAUAUGCCAGCUAAGGACUUGUUUGGGUCCCAGCCACCUCUGGAACUGAUUCGCCUCUGGAUUGAUUAUGGCUUCUGGUAUGAUCGUUCGAAGCAGAUCAUCAAGUACAUUCGAGACAUGUUCCUGAUGGCCGCCAUGGGCCCUCCAGGUGGUGGGCGGACUGUUAUCUCGCCAAGGCUGCAGAGUCGCUUCAACAUCAUCAACAUGACCUUUCCUACGGAGUCCCAGAUUAUCCGAAUAUUUGGCACCAUGAUCAAUCAGAAGCUUCAGGAUUUUGAGGAAGAAGUGAAGCCCAUUGGGAAUGUGGUGACUGGAGCUACCCUGGACAUGUACAAUACUGUGGUACAGCGCUUCCUGCCCACGCCCGCCAAGAUCCAUUAUCUCUUCAAUCUCCGAGACAUCUCCAAGGUAUUCCAGGGCAUGCUGAGAGCCAACAAGGACUUCCAUGAUACCAAGGCCAGCAUUACGCGCCUGUGGAUUCAUGAAUGUUUCCGAGUCUUCUCCGACCGGCUGGUUGAUGCGACGGACAUGGAAGCUUUCCUGGGCAUCAUGAGUGACAAACUUGGCUCCUUUUUCGACCUCACAUUUCAUAAUCUGUGUCCCAACAAACGUCCUCCCAUCUUCGGGGACUUCCUGAAAGAGCCCAAGGUGUAUGAGGACCUGAGUGACCUGACAGCACUGAAGACCGCCAUGGAGACAGCUCUUAAUGAGUAUAACCUGUCGCCCGCUGUCGUGCCAAUGCAGCUGGUGCUCUUUCGAGAAGCCAUUGAGCACAUCACUCGGAUAGUGCGGGUGAUUGGACAGCCUCGAGGCAACAUGCUCUUGGUGGGCAUCGGGGGCAGCGGGCGCCAGAGUCUAGCCCGCCUGGCUUCGUCUAUCUGCGAGUACAUCACCUUCCAGAUCGAGGUCACCAAACAUUAUCGGAAGCAGGAGUUCAGAGAAGAUAUCAAGCGUCUGUAUCGCCAGGCUGGGGUAGAGCUCAAGGCCACGUCCUUCCUCUUUGUGGAUACCCAAAUUGCUGAUGAGUCAUUCCUAGAGGACAUCAACAACAUUCUCAGCUCAGGAGAGGUCCCCAAUCUCUACAAGAGCGAUGAAUUUGAGGAGAUCCAGACACAGAUCAUAGAGCAGGCCAAGGCAGAACAGGUCCCCGAGACACCCGACAGCCUCUUCACCUACCUCAUCGAACGUGUGAGGAACAACCUGCACAUCGUGCUCUGCCUCAGUCCUGUGGGGGACCCCUUCAGAAACUGGAUCCGCCAGUACCCAGCCCUGGUGAACUGCACGACCAUCAACUGGUUCUCCGAGUGGCCCCGUGAGGCCCUGCUGGAGGUGGCGGAGAAGUACCUCAUGGGAGAAGACCUGGGAACCCAGGAGAAUAUCCACAAGAAGGUAGCCCAGAUCUUUGUCACCAUGCACUGGUCAGUGGCCCAGUACUCCCAGAAGAUGUUGUUGGAGCUAAGAAGAUUCAACUACGUCACACCCACCAACUACCUGGAGCUCGUGUCUGGAUAUAAGAAGUUGCUGAGAGAGAAGCGGCAGGAGCUACUGGACCAAGCCAAUAAGCUGCGGACGGGGCUGUUCAAGAUCGACGAGACCAGGGAGAAGGUGGAGGUGAUGUCCCUGGAGCUGGAGGACGCCAAGAAGAAGGUGGCUGAGUUCCAGAAGCAGUGUGAGGAGUACCUGGUCAUCAUCGUGCAGCAGAAGCGCGAGGCGGAUGAGCAGCAGAAGGCAGUGACAGCCAACAGUGAGAAGAUCGCAGUCGAGGAGAUCAAGUGUCAGGCCCUGGCUGACAAUGCCCAGAAGGAUCUAGAAGAGGCCCUGCCAGCCCUGGAAGAGGCCAUGAGGGCUCUGGAGUCUCUGAACAAGAAGGAUAUAGGAGAGAUCAAGUCCUAUGGACGCCCACCCGCUCAAGUGGAGAUGGUGCUGCAGGCAGUCAUGAUUCUCCGAGGCAAUGAUCCCACUUGGCCAGAGGCCAAGAGGCAGCUAGGGGAACAGAACUUCAUUAAGUCCCUGAUCAACUUUGAUAAAGACAACAUCUCAGACAAGGUGCUGAAGAAGAUUGGGGCCUAUUGUGCCCAGCCCGACUUCCAACCUGAUAUCAUUGGCCGGGUCUCGCUGGCUGCCAAGUCUCUCUGCAUGUGGGUGAGGGCCAUGGAGCUCUACGGGCGCCUUUAUCGGGUGGUGGAACCCAAGCGAGCCCGGCUGAACGCCGCCUUGUCCCAGCUUCAGGAGAAGCAGGCAGCACUCGCCGAAGCCCAAGAGAAGCUUCGAGAAGUAGCUGAGAAACUGGAGAUGUUGAAGAAACAGUAUGAUGAGAAGCUGGCACAGAAAGAGGAGCUUCGCAAGAAGUCCGAAGAGAUGGAGCUGAAACUGGAGCGGGCCGGGAUGUUGGUGUCCGGGUUAGCCGGGGAGAAGGCCCGAUGGGAAGAGACAGUCAAGGGCCUGGAGGAAGACCUGGGCUACCUGGUAGGUGACUGUCUCCUGGCUGCUGCCUUCUUGUCCUACCUGGGGCCCUUCCUGACGAACUACCGGGACGAGAUCGUCAGGCAUAUCUGGAUCAAGAAGAUCUGGGAGCUGCAGAUUUCUUGCUCACCUCGCUUCACCUUCGAUAGCUUCCUGUCCAACCCGACCAAAGUUCGAGACUGGAACAUCCAGGGGUUGCCCUCAGAUGCCUUCUCCACAGAGAAUGGCAUUAUAGUCACCCGUGGCAACAGGUGGGCACUGAUGAUUGACCCUCAGGCCCAGGCCCUGAAGUGGAUUAAGAACAUGGAAGGAAACCAGGGCCUCAAGAUCAUUGACCUGCAGAUGAGUGAUUACCUUCAAAUCCUCGAAAAGGCCAUCCAGUUUGGAAACCCAGUACUACUACAGAACGUGCAGGAAUACCUGGACCCCACCCUCAAUCCCGUGCUCAACAAAUCUGUAUCUAGAAUUGGGGGCCGGCUGCUGAUGCGGCUUGGAGAUAAGGAGGUGGAGUACAAUCCCAGUUUCCGUUUCUACAUCACCACGAAGCUCUCCAACCCCCACUAUAGCCCAGAGACCUCCGCCAAGACCACCAUUGUCAACUUUGCUGUUAAAGAACAGGGUCUGGAGGCACAGCUAUUGGGCAUCGUGGUCCGGAAGGAGAGACCCGAGCUGGAGGAGCAGAAGGACACACUCGUCAUCAACAUCGCCGCGGGCAAGAGGAAGCUCAAGGAGCUGGAGGAUGAGAUCCUUCGGCUGCUGAACGAGGCCACAGGCUCCCUGCUGGACGACGUCCAACUGGUGAACACCCUGCAGACGUCCAAGGUCACUGCCACGGAGGUGACGGAGCAGCUGGAGACCAGCGAGACCACGGAGAUCAACAUCGACUUGGCCCGUGAGGCUUACCGCCCGUGUGCCCAGCGGGCGUCUGUGCUGUUCUUCGUGCUCAAUGACAUGGGCCGCAUUGAUCCCAUGUACCAGUUCUCGCUGGAUGCCUACAUCAGCCUCUUCGUCCUCAGCAUCGACAAGAGCCAUCGCAGCAAUAAGCUGGACGACCGCAUUGACUACUUGAAUGAGUACCACACCUACGCUGUCUACAGGUAUACCUGCCGGACCCUUUUUGAGCGCCACAAGCUAUUAUUCAGUUUUCAGAUGUGUGCCAAAAUACUAGAGACGUCUGGCAAGCUGAACAUGGAUGAAUACAACUUCUUUCUACGGGGGGGUGUGGUCCUGGAUAGGGAGGGACAAAUGGACAACCCAUGUACCAGCUGGCUAGCCGAUGCUUACUGGGACAACAUCACCGAGCUCGACAAGCUGACCAACUUUCACGGACUCAUGAACUCCUUUGAGCAAUACCCUCGUGACUGGCACUUGUGGUACACCAAUGCUACCCCUGAGAAGGCUAUGCUGCCAGGUGAGUGGGAGAACGCCUGCAAUGAGAUGCAGCGCAUGCUCAUCGUGCGCUCGCUGCGCCAGGACCGGGUCUCCUUCUGCGUGACCUCCUUCAUUGUCUCCAACCUUGGCUCUCGCUUCAUUGAGCCGCCCGUGCUGAACAUGAAGUCGGUGAUGGAGGAUUCAACGCCACGAACUCCCCUGGUAUUCAUCCUGUCCCCGGGGGUGGACCCCACCAGCGCCCUGCUCCAGUUGGCCGAGCACACAGGCAUGGCUCAGCGCUUCCAUGCCCUGUCCCUGGGCCAGGGCCAGGCCCCCAUCGCUGCCCGGCUCCUCCGAGAGGGUGUGACCCAGGGGCACUGGGUGUUCCUGGCUAACUGCCACCUAUCACUGUCUUGGAUGCCCAAUCUGGAUAAACUGGUGGAACAGCUGCAGGUGGAGGAUCCUCACCCUUCCUUUCGCCUCUGGCUCAGCUCCAGCCCCCACCCAGACUUCCCUAUCUCCAUCUUGCAGGCCAGCAUCAAGAUGACCACAGAGCCACCAAAGGGGCUAAAGGCCAACAUGACACGUCUUUACCAGUUGAUGACAGAGCCACAGUUUUCCCGCUGCUCCAAGCCAGCCAAGUACAAGAAGCUGCUGUUCGCACUCUGCUUCUUCCACUCGGUGUUACUGGAACGCAAAAAGUUCCUGCAGCUCGGCUGGAACAUCAUCUACGGCUUCAACGACUCUGACUUUGAGGUGUCGGAGAACUUGCUGAGCCUCUACCUGGAUGAGUACGAGGAGACUCCCUGGGACGCGCUCAAGUACCUCAUUGCUGGCGUGAACUACGGAGGCCACGUCACGGACGACUGGGACAGGCGCCUGCUCACCACCUACAUCAAUGACUAUUUCUGUGACCAGACGCUGUCAACCCCCUCCUACCGGUUGUCAGUACUGGAGACCUACUUUGUGCCCAAAGAUGGGGGUAUGGCCUCUUACAAGGAGUACAUCAGCAUGCUGCCCGGCAUGGACCCCCCUGAGGCCUUCGGCCAGCACCCCAAUGCUGACGUGGCCUCUCAGAUCACUGAAGCCCGGACUCUGUUUGAGACACUGCUUUCCCUGCAGCCCCAGAUCACACCCACCAGAGGAGGCGGCCAGAGCCGGGAAGAGAAGGUCCUGGAGUUGGCCAUGGAUGUGAAGCAGAAGAUUCCCGAGAUGAUCGACUACGAGGGAACCCGAAAACUGCUGGCUCUGGACCCUUCCCCACUCAAUGUGGUCCUUCUGCAAGAGAUUCAGAGAUACAACAAGCUGAUGGAGACCAUCCUGUUAUCACUGACGGACCUAGAGAAAGGCAUCCAGGGCCUCAUUGUCAUGUCUACGAGCCUGGAGGAGAUUUUCAACUGCAUUUUUGAUGCCCAUGUCCCUCCACUCUGGGGAAAGGCCUACCCCUCACAAAAACCACUGGCUGCAUGGACCCGAGACUUGGCCUCACGGGUGGAGCAGUUUGAGCUGUGGGCCAGCCGAGCGCGGCCGCCGGUCAUCUUCUGGCUGUCCGGCUUCACCUUUCCCACGGGCUUCCUCACCGCCGUGCUGCAGGCUUCUGCGCGGCAAAACAAUAUUUCAGUGGACAGCCUCUCCUGGGAGUUUAUCGUGUCCACCGUGGAUGACAGCAACCUGGUCUAUCCACCCAAGGAUGGUGUCUGGGUUCGAGGUCUGUACCUGGAGGGGGCUGGCUGGGAUCGGAAGAACUCCUGCUUGGUGGAGGCAGAUCCCAUGCAGCUUGUCUGCCUCAUGCCCACCAUCCAUUUCCGGCCUGCAGAGAGUCGAAAGAAGACCGCCAAGGGCAUGUACUCCUGCCCUUGCUACUAUUAUCCCAACCGAGCGGGCAGCUCAGACCGAACCUCCUUCGUCAUUGGCAUUGACCUGCGGUCUGGGGCCAUGGCAGCUGACCACUGGAUCAAGAGGGGGACUGCUUUACUCAUGAGCCUGGACAAUUGAAGCCCUCCUCUUCCACCUUGCUCUUGAGAGAGGGUGGAGACUCUAGGAGUCAUGGCUGAUAAUGCAACUUUGCCUGAGGCCCACAGCCUUGACCUUGGCUGAAUUUGGAAUAAUAGUGCCCUGGAGAAACCUUAUGCACUAGCCAAACAAGUGGAAAAGUUGUCCUGGGGUUUGAUUCAAUAAACACCCUUGACCACAA